ACGUCAGAAAAGUUUUUCGCUGCUGCAAUCCGCGCGAGUCAUCGUCAUUGUCGUUUGCGUAUGGUGCUCGUGCAGUGAAAAGAUUUUCAUCAUCUUUCCUUACUAAUCAGUGUGCCAACAUCUGGAAUAAUUCCUGGAACUGAAUCCGGAUGGACCGUUCCUGAGAAAAUAGAAAUCGUGAUGUGUGAUCGCUAGGUGACUGUGUGCCGCUUUGGAGUGGCUUCAAGUUCGACAUUCCGAAUUUUGCCGUCCACAGCAAAAGAAAGAUGGUCGACGAAAAUUAAAACGCAUAUUCGCCUGCCUACUUGUCAUCGUACAUCUUUCAAGGAGCAGCUAAACUCGUGGCCAAUUAAAAAAUUUACUCGUGUCACUUUUCCUUCGCUGAAAAAUCUGCUCGUAGCUGUGUGUGAGAGUAAAGUGUGCAAACGAAGAGAAGAAAAGUUUCAAAAAAAAAAAAUACUGCUCGAAAGAGGAAGACCAACGGUUAAAGAAUAGCGUGUUCGCUGUCGCGUUCAGCGGCGCGGCGACAGAAUUAAUCUGUUCCACGGAAGUAAGGUCAUCUGACCCUUUUGUACCGGUUAGUGAAGUGUAAGUGAGACUGACUGCUUCGGUGAAAAUGUGGAAUCCGUCGUACGAAAUUGUCGUGGAAACACUGACUGGGUCGGAGUUCGAAGUCACUGUUAGUGAUCGAGACACCGUCGGGUACAUCAAGUCCAAAAUACAGAAAUAUGAAGGGAUUCCGGUUAACCAGCAACAUCUGCUGUACAACCACAAAGAAUUGAACGAUGCAACGGAAAUGAAGGAUAUCCCGCUGGUGAAUGGCUCUCGGUUGAAGCUGGUACUGGGAAUGAAAGGAGGGCCCAUUUCCUCCAAGCGCGUUGUAACCAUUUCCGACUAUGAAAAUUGGUUCGACAUGAGUGACAUGCUUUCUAGGCAAGAUGCAGCUAACUUCAAAACACCUGGACUAAAAUUGUUAGUAAAUAGGAAAAACAUUCACCGUUUGAUGAAAGUUCGCGCAGAAAAAGUAUCGGACAAUAUCAAAAUAUCGCGCGUUGUUGGUCAUCAAAGUAAUGGUGAUAUCGACAGCGAGGAGUUAGAACGUGAAACUCAAAAAGAGCGAGAUGAUAAGAUUACUGCGGAGAAACUAACCCAAAUCAAAACUAAGCUGAACAUGAAAAAACUGAAAUUAGCUACUGCGCCAAUCGCCGCUCAACUGGACAAAGAGGUAAUCCUCAAGGAAGAAAGAAUGCCCAUCACUCGUCCCACCUUUUCGGCUGGUCCGAUAGGUUCUGCCGUCCCCCAUCACCCGAGACCAAGGUCGCAAGCUACUACGAACGCUGCACCAUCCCGGAGGGAUCCGUUUCUGCCGCAUAUCACAUCCUAUCAGAACUUUCAUACGGCUAUCUCCCGCCAGGCGGAACUGGACCGCCACUCACAGAUCCGUGAGAAUCUCCAGCGCAAUCGUUCCUUCAAAACCAUCAGUGCUAAGAAUCUAAACGUAUCCGCCCAUGAUAUGACCGUUCACGAUUCGAGCAGGCUCGAACGUUCGUUGUCAUUUCACUCGAACGGGAUUUUGAACCGUACAGAUUCGGACCCCACCGGCAGCAGCCGAAAUGCCUACAACAGCCAAUCGCAGCAUCAACUAUCCUCCGCGUCGCUUCAUGAUAUUAUCGAACUACUCAAGUAUACUCCAUCCAAGCUGCGAACUAUUUCGCAUGACGCUCUGAACAAAAUGGUGUCCAAAAAGGCGCACCAUCACGCGUCCGCCAAACUAUUGGACAAUAGCUCGCUCAAGAAUAUCGACGAGUUCAUUCGGGAUUAUGACGUUACGAUGACCAACCACCGAAUGAAGACGGCAACGGCGACUACCACGACGGGAGUCGGGGACUGUACGAAUCUACUGGCGGAAAGUAUGUUCAACAAGGAUGCAGGUUUCGCUUCGGCGGAACUGGCCUUUGAUAAGGCUGCAAACACCGGUGCACUGGACAAAACUUUUCGGACGCUGUACAAGUCUACUUCCGAUGACAACAGUACCUACGAGCUCCCGAAGUUGCUGAUUCGCGAAGACUCGCCGGUAGAAUCGUUCCACAGCUCCUAUCCCCAGCUGGAAACCGUUGCGCUGCGUGGAGAAUCGCCGAAAAAUUUCAAUUCCAUUGCCAAGCUGCAAAACCCCGACACCGCUGGUAUGCCGGAGAACGCCACUUCGUUGGCUCCCGGUGGCAUGACGAAAGCCAACAGCGAAAAGACCAAACUAGCAUCUAGUUCCUUACUGCAGUUGUACGAGCAUCCACCGCCGGCGGCGGCUGCAGCUGCUACUGCGGCGGCCACUGCGAUCGGUGGCAGCAUAGCCAGUGGAGCCCCCAAUAGUGGUACCUGGGCUCCACAUUAUGGUGGUAUAGGACAUCACCAUCACCACUCCGAUCUUGGGAUCAACGAGCUGGAACUCAAGUUCAUCAACAACGGACUGAUAGAGAAGGAUGCUAGUGAUAAUAAUGGUAGCAGUAGCAGUAGUAGCAAUAGCAGUAGCAAUAGUAACAAUAGCAGCGGUGGCGCAGGAUCCAUUUUCAGACUGCCGGCAGUUUCGAAUUUGGAAAUCAACCACUGGAAUGCUGUUUCGAAUGAUUCUGUAAAUAAUUUUCUGGGUGGAUCCAGGAAUGGCGAUAAACAAAAGGAAGAGGAGCUGGUCUCCAAUCCGAGAACGUCCAACGGAUUCAUUCAUAGCGAUCUAUCAAUCUCGUCUGAUGAGGAUGACUUGUUUAGCAUAUCGGAUCUGAUCUAUAAAAACCAGGCCAACAAGUCCAAGUCAAUCGAUUUGAACGAAUUCCGUAAAACGUUCGGCAGCAGUCCAACACUGUUGAACAACUUUGGAGGGACUAAUUGCAAUCUAGUACCGCAGUUGUCUCGUUUGGAUGCAAUCCCAUCGCAAUACCGAAGGGGUUAUACCAAUCUAAACGAUGCGGGCUUGUCCAGCUCGACCUCCGAGCUGGAAUGUGUGAACGCCACCACCAAAAAGAAGACUGGAACCGGUGACAACGCUGAGAUGUCACCGCUGUUGAAGCAUAGAAGCAACGAUCAUGUUGCGUAUGUUAGGAGUUAUGAAAACCUAAACCGUUAUAAAGGAUUUUCGAUGAAGAAUGGAGACGCGAGUGAUAUUUUACGGUGUCAACAGGGUGCAGGACAGUUGUUGCCGGGUAUUAGUAAUUUAGAUAGUAUUGCAGAUUCCGACUUGAACAGUAGUAACGAGAGUGGCUCAAAUUUGGUUGACGACAGUUUCACGGAUUUUGAGUAUAGGUUUUCCAGGCUGAGCUGUUCCGGCGGGAACAUCCACCAACAUGGCAAUUGCAGUAGCAGCAGUAACAUUACCAAUAGCACGCAAACCAACAGUAGUCAGCAAAGUGGUUGUAGUCAUAGUGCUAGUGGUGGCAGUAAUAGAAUGCCAUCACUGAACGAUCUAAACCAUCGAAAUCGGACAUUGCACGGUUAUUCUCCAUUCAAUAAUACCUCAUCUCCGUUUAACAACUCAAAUUCCGCCGCUAACUACUAUUUCCCAUCGGACGAAAGCCUUUUUAAUAUAGAUUCCUUUUUUGACGACUUUGUCGAAAUCGAUACCAGUGAUAUCUUUGAUAGUGCCGAGUAUAUCAACAUCGGCGGCAGUAGUCGAAACGCGAACAAUUCCUCAAAAAUGUUGCAAAAACCAAACAAUCCUAGUUUGCUAUUACCUGACCUAAUGCAGCAGGAAGAAUUACUACUAAAAACUCAGUUAAGCUUUCCAGAGGCAGACGAUCUGCUCACUGACGGUGGCGCGAGCCACCUCUCCACAAUACACCAUAUCGAUGGUGGGGAACCAACUGUUAGUACUAAAUUAGACGAUUUAGACGUUACAGAACUACCUCCGCUUAAGGUUCGAGUUCCCCCCCUAGUUGAGCAAACAUCUCCGCAGAGAAACACAGCCAUUCACCAUCAACCGGCCGAGCCACUGAAAUCGAAAAAGCUGCGUUGCGCGCAGUGCAACCGCAAGCUGGGUGUCAUCAUGAUCAUGAAGUGUCAUUGUGAGAAAAUAUUCUGCGCCCAGCACCGGUAUGCCGAGGCACACAACUGUUCGUACGAUUUCAAAUUGAAUGGGAAGAAGAUUCUCGAGCGCGAAAAUCCGCUCGUGGUGGCUCACAAAUUACCUAAAAUCUAAACUUUAGUGAUUAGUUUCUAACUUUGUUUGUUUUGAUGCUACCAACUAAAAUUUGCGUCGACGCAAAAUUGUUUUACAGUUUCAUUAGAAAUUUCGAUGACACACGAUAAAAAAUAGAUUCCAUGAGGGACGAACGAAGAAAUUGAAUUACUUGUUCAGAGUUGUUUUAUAGCAUGAUUUGAAGGAAGGAAACACAUUCGAUUAAGUCGAAUUUUUUGUAAAUAUAUCUAAUUUUCAUUAGCGGAUUUUGUUUCUUAUUAUAGUAUCAAAGUAUAGGGUUUUGUGUGGGGCCCUAAAUAGUUGAAAAUAUCAAUUACGAUAAGUCGUAUUCGAUUAUGAAAUGAUAGUUAAAAAAUAUCAAAUUCGAUUUGAUUUGUUUUUUUUUUUUUUGUUUUUUUUUUGGAAUAUGUAAAGUAAUCAAAUAUCUACUUGGCGUGUCAAAUUUAUCACAAAUAAGAUUACGUUUUUAACACAAAUAUGUAUAAAUAGUUGAGCCCCACACAUGAUGCUGCGAGAUAAAAUAUUGCACUUAUAAAAUUAUUUCGCCUUAUAUAUCGCUAGAGUGCUAUCAACUGAAUAUAUUUUAAAGAUACAUUCUGCAAUAAAAAUAUCACUUGUUUGUGUGAAGUAAUUGCAACUGUUACUGAAUCAUAAACUAGACAGGUAAAGAAAAAAAAAACAAAAACAUAGCUAGAUAUUUUGUUCGAAUUUUAUGACAAACUCAUAUUUAAUAUUCAAAACAAAAUCAAAAAGGAUUUUCAAAUUGGCAGAGUAAGAAAUAUUCAAUGAAUUUCCGGUUUAUACUCCUAUAAAACGAGACAGUUUACUAGGUGUAACGCAGUUUUCUUGAUAAAAAGAAUCGAAAAAAAAAACCAAAACCAAAGCAUGAUUUACAAAAUCGUAAAAACACAUAUUUACUGAGAACUGGAACGAUAUGUAAACUAGUAGUCAGCUAACCUUUCGAAGCCUCCCGCAUUGAUCAAAGCAGAACUUAUUGAAUUAAUCGAUAUACCCAUACAACAGGAAACAUAGCAGAGAAAAGAAUAUUUUUAUAUACUUGCGCUCGCGCUUAUCGUUUUUCCCUUAAUUUAUAUUUUAAAAUGGUGGAUUUUUCAUGUAGUUUCCCUAUAACCAUUAUAUAACACAUAGAAACUAUACCUAUAGACGAGUAACGUAAAAAACAAUGAUUAUGAUGAUACAUGUAUUAGAACAGAUAGUAAAACUGGAGUUAAUAAUAAUCUUAUACAAAAAAAAACCAACAGCUACCAUUUAAUCUAUUUCAACAGGUAUCAACGCAACUACUAGUGUCGCAUAAAUAUGGUGUAAGUUCGGAGCUAAUAGGCGUUUAUUCUUUGCAAAUAUAAUAAUUUAUUACAAUUUAAAAUUGCAAAAAAAUGAAAACAAACAAAAAAAUCCAAUAAAAAGGCAAAAAAGCUCACAAGUAACAAACAACCGGUACCUGAUUUGCGCGGAAGAUGAUGACAUUCAUGAAAGUUAGGCUGAUCGUCGAUCAUUUUGUCAAAUGUUUGAUCCGAUAGUUAUGCAUCUAGGGCACAACAUAUUUUAUUGAGCACAUAAAUAUGUUAGUUAUAGCUAAGUAUUGGCGCGUGAUAUGCACCGUGCUCACAUUGUUAAACAUUAGUUAGACGAAGUCUUGAAUCUAGAAAACAGCCAUUCCCUUUAGUCUAGAACCUUUAGUCUCUUCGAGACUGAUUCACAGUCGGGUGGAUUCCUACUAGUGCAACGUAGUAAAAUGACAGAGCGACCUAAGGCCACGUGAUUGGGCCUUUCCAU